GAGAAGUUGAAAUCUUGCCCCUGGAUGUUUGGGUUCUCCAGCUUUCCUCCAAAUUCCAACCAGGGACCCUACCAAUUAAAAAUAUUCCCGUAUAAAUCGGUUCGGUGGAUUUUCGUAGGCAACAAAUAACGCAUUCAAAAUGGUUUUAUUCUUAAUAUGGUUUCGCUUCGUCACCCAAGUCCUCUGUGAAGUGCCUCCAACUCUGCCACAGGAUGUCAUGGUUGAUAAAUGGCAGUUGAUGUGGACUGCUGACAAAAAAGAGACCACUGUCACAUACUCUGUCAAGUACCGCAGCUUUGACUCUAAUCCUUGGAAAGACGUACCUACCUGCAAGCGGAUGAAUAUCACUUCCUGUGAUAUCACUUUCACCAAAGCAGAGGCAGAUCAUGGCUGUGUUAUGCUGGGUGUCCAAGCACAGAGGCACGAGCUGACUUCAGAACUCGUUGAAGCAUGCAGCAGACAAGGUCACCCAUGUAGCCCUGAUGUUAGCCUGAAGGCACGCCCUGGGUUCUUAACUGUUCAUUUAAGUAGAAACAGUGAGGUGGCUCUCGAAGGGGACCACAUAAAACACAGGAUUUACCUUGGAAAAAAUGGAGAACUUGAGGCAUAUGGAGAUGCUGUGUCAUCUACGUCCAUUGACAAUUUAAAGGAGGGACAGCGCUACUGUGUAAAAGUGCAGUACACUUACUUUGGUAAUCCUGUCGGACUACCCAGCUGCCCCCAGUGUGAAGUCAUCCCUCUCUCAAGCCCAACAACAACAAAAAUCGAGAUAACUGUCGCCAUUGUGCUUGUCUUUGUUAUUCUAAUACCACUCAUAGCAUACAUCCCACUCUUUCAGAGGAGUAGAAUAAAAGAGUUUGUGGAACCUUCAUACAAGAUACCAGACCCUGUAAAUGCUGCUUCACCAUGUUUGCUUUGGAGUCUGCAUUCCACUAUUUGACCUGAGUCAGUCGAUCUCAGAGCUCUACCGAGUUUGUAUUCCGUCUUCUUAGAUGUACAUGACCUGUCUUGCAGUCCAAUCGCCAGCAACAACCCAACAGAGGAGUUCUGUGAUAUUACAAACAUGGAGUUAAGAGGACAAUAAAAGGAGCAGCCUUUAUAGACUUUGAUGUUUCGUGUCAAUUUAACCAAGUUGUGUGAUCAGUUUGGUAAUAAAAAUAUAUUGAAAUAAAUGGGCGACUUGGCAAGAAAAAAAUAAAACCACUACAAUGCAAAAAAAAUCAUAUUUCACUAAACUGACUCAAAUCCACGCAUAACGAAUGUUAAUAUAGUUGAUGAGCUUUUCUACCUUCAGAAUCUUCUAAGUGACUCAGGGUGGAUUUGCACUGCAUGUCCAAUUUCUCAAUUAUUAAAUGCCUAUCCUAUAUUUGAUUUUUGGGCUGGGCUGUUUUGUUUGAUUAAAUUGAACAUAUUUACAAAUUGCCUGUUUUAGCAAAUCUUUUUUUCUGGAGACUAAGUGAGGAAGCAAUCUUGUCAUUGUUUUUAUCCCAAUAAAGGACAGGUCUUUGCCAUACCCCCAACCAAAACAUCACCUUUGUUAGACAGGAGAAUGAGAAAAAGAAAAAGGGAAAAAAAUACACCCCUCUCAUUCCCACAAUGUCAAAUUAUCUUUUUCCAAUUGCACUCAAACAUAUCUUUACGGCAUCUUAGCUGGGACGCACAAAUACUGUGCUGGCUAAGAACUAUGCAACAAUAAAAUAUCAAGGUUGUAUAAAUUAGUAGAACUAAUAUUUAGUAUGUAUGAAAAUGCUCCAGGAUCCCAUUUUCAUAAUAGAACAAUCAACUAGUGGUCACAUAAAGAAAAUUACCAAACAUUAUUUCAUACUCUAGACCUAAACUUUGUCUUCAGUCACAACACACAAAGUUUGGCAGAUUUCAUUGAGUGCUGUUUGGUUCUUGAAGUGUUACAUUACAGGUCAUGUAAGUUCACAUCUGUGUAGUGUUACAUCUUCAAGAACCACAAUGAUUGGAGCAACACGUCAAGCAGAACCCAUUAUUUAUGAUGCACAUGUCAACAAUUCUUUGUUUACAUUUUGGGCUUCUUUGAAGUUUUGGUGAAUGUAAAUUAUGUGGUUUAAAUAAAUGGACUCAUAAAAUCAUUUAUGAACAAAUGUUAUAGUUUCAUGCAUACAGUGCCAUGAAAAAGUGCUCUCCCCUUUCUGAUUUCUGUUGCUUUUUGCAUAUCUAAUAAAACACAGGUUUCAAAUCAUCAAAGCAAUUUUAAUAUCACUGAGACAAUCCAAGGAAAUACAAAAUGCAGUUUUCAAAUGACAAGUCAAUGUAUUAAGUCACAAGAAAAAAAAUCCCAACCUGUGCCAUUUUUACACCAGAUGUAACAGGCUCCACACCUCCAAAAAUUUUUACUUUUUGACUCAUCAAUCCACAGAAUGUUACUAGAAGAGUGUUGAUGAUCAUCAAGAUGUUUUUGGUAAAUGUGAGGUGAGCCUUUGUAUUCUUUGCUGACAGCAGGGGUUUUCACCAGGAUCUCUCCCAUGGAUGCUGUUUUUUUUUACGUGUCUUUCUGAUGGUAGGGGCAUGAAAACUGACCUUAAAUGGAAAUUCCGGUGGUUUGGAUUAACAAUGUAUCCAAUAGGUCAUAUAAUAUGUACUGUAUCUUGAAAAUGUGAUGUUAAUCCUCUCUCAUUUAAUGUUGUUUUGAGAAGAUUUUUGUAGACAAUUACAAAUUUUCAGGGGCGCCGCCAUUUUGGGGAGUCACAUGACCUACGUGCGCAUAUGUGACGUAUUACAUGCCGCACUAAAGACUCGAUUACGAUGGGACACAAUUACUGACUUAAAAAAAAAAGACUGGAUAGCUGAUACAUAUCUAGCAGUGUGUCGAUUGGUUGAAGCCAGUUGGCUGCCAUCUUGGUACUCCCAAAACAUGUGGAGGACAUGCUUUAAACCAUAUCCUUGGUUUAUGGCGGGGGUUUUCUCAUUAAAGUUUGGCAUGUAGAAUAAAAUUGGUCGUGUGAGCUUGACAUUUUUUCAGUUCUGGUAACAUGAAGGAUUUUUAAUUCGACUUGGUAAGCCAAAAAGGCUAAGUUGCAAAGGAAAGUCAUAUGACACCAUGACUACCAACAAAUCUUGCAUAUUACCUAAGGCCCGAUUUCCGUGACGUUAACUUUUCGCAAAAUACGCUGUGACGCACUAUGUGAAAUAAAAGCAUUCCAUCC